AGCACCGGAAGCGGAAGUCAGGUGGUUGUGGGACUCCGAAGAAGAGGCUCCAUUACCUUGGAAAGCUCAAGGGAUCCGUAGUUUGGCUGUGUGGUGGCCCUCUGCGGAUCUCCGCCGGCGCGGUACGGACACAGCCGCUGGCGAAUUUCAGGAUGACUGACACUACUAACACUCCAAAUUUUGAAGAGAUGUUUGCAAACAGAUUCACAAAAGAUGAUAAAGAAUACCAGGAAUAUUUGGAACGCCCCCCUGAAUCCCCUCCAGUUAUUGAGGAAUGGAAUAGCAGAGCUGGUGGGAACCAAAGAAACAGAGGCAAUCGGUUGCAAGAUAACAGACAGUUUAGAGGUAGGGACAGCAGACGAGGGUGGCCAAGUGACAAUCGAUCAAACCAGUGGCAUGGACGAUCCUGGGGUAACAAUUACCCACAGCACAGACAAGAGCCUUACUAUCCACAGCAAUAUGGACAAUAUGGUUAUAACCAGCGGCCUCCAUACAGUUACUACUGAUAGAAAUACUGGUGACAUCUUUUAGUAAAACCAUUUACUUUGUUAAUAUGAUGAUUCUUGUGUGUCCUAUUGAUCAGUUUUCCACCUCAUUUUAGAGAAUGGAUUAUUAAUGUUUUAGAAAUUGAGACUUUUUAAAAAAAUAAAUGUUACAGAGAGAUCUAAUGGUUGUUGGGAAUAAUACUCCCCUAAAAAUACUGUAGAUUAUAUCACUUGACUUAAGAUUCUUCAAGACUUUAUAGUGCUUUCUUUGAGUUUGGCAUAUUUUCUUUGACCUCCAGAAGUUCUGUCUAAGACAGAAAUAAAAAAUGUAAAUAAAAAAAUGCUUGCUUUUACUUUGUAAAAGGAUAUCCCUAUAGAUUCCAAUUCAGAAGUGCUUGUUUCUAAAAUUCUACAGAGGUAGUACAAUCAGUUCAUGAAUGCACUGUUAUGAUUAAGACAAUGUGUAACAUCAGCAGUUGAAAGCUAAAACAAUUGUAUAUUUCUUUUGGCUUCUAUUAUUAUGAAUAUGGCACUUUGUGACUGCUUGCUCUGUAGGAAUAGUCAGCUCCACACCUAAUUUGGUCUUUUUUAGAGGAAAAUCAAGAAUAAA